AUGACAAAUAUACAAAAUGAACUUACCUACUUUGAUGCUGAGUUGACUGAAUCUGAAUUACAUAAAAUGGUAAAGCUUGCAACAAUUAAUGAUUAUAUUGAUGAUUGUCUUGAUAAUUAUAUAGUAGAUGAAGAAGCAAACAGAAAUAAUAAUACAUAUGAAGAGGAUUUAAGUUCAUUAUCCCAGACUAAUUUAAUUUUAGAAAAUGUUGUAAAUCUUCAAGACCUGAUCUUUCAAGAAAGAGAUACUGUACCAUUUGAAUUUUCUUUUAAUACUUCAGAGACUAGUGUUGAAAAAAAUGUCAAUAUGAACUUUAAUUCUGAGGAUCUUGUUGAUUCUGUUUUAAAUGUCGAUUUCGAUUAA